AUGGCUGCUGAGCGUGCUGCCCAGUCAGGGAGUCGAGUGGCGGGCAUGGUGUGCAGCCUCCGGGUCCUGCUCCUGGUGUCCUCUGUUCUGGCUCUGGAAGAUGUAUUGCUGGACACCAGCGGAGAGACAUCUGAGAUAGGCUGGCUCACCUACCCACCAGGUGGGUGGGACGAAGUGAGCGUUCUGGAUGACCAGCGACGCCUGACCCGGACCUUUGAGGCCUGUCACGUGGCAGGGUCUCCGCCAGGCACCGGGCAGGACAACUGGCUACAGACACACUUUGUAGAGAGACGCAGUGCCCAGAGGGCACACAUCCGGCUCCACUUCUCCGUGCGGGCUUGCUCCAGCCUGGGGGUGGCGGGGGGCACCUGCCGGGAGACCUUCACUCUGUACUACCGCCAGGCAGAGGAGCCCGAUGGCCCCGACAGUGCCUCAGCCUGGCACCUCAAACGCUGGACCAAGGUGGACACGAUUGCGGCGGACGAGAGCUUUCCUGCCCCCUCUGCCUGGGCAGUGGAGCCCCACGGGCCGGGGCCGAGGUCUGGGCUGCAGCUGAAUGUCAAAGAGCGGAGCUUUGGCCCCCUGACCCAGCGUGGCUUUUACGUGGCCUUCCAGGACACCGGGGCUUGCCUGGCCCUCGUGGCCAUCAAGCUCUUCUACCAUGCCUGCCCCUCCGUGCUCCGUGCCUUCACCUCUUUCCCUGAGACCCAGGCCAGCGGGGCUGGGGGGGCCUCCCUGGUGGCAGCCAUGGGCACCUGUGUGGCUCACGCUGAGCCAGAGGAGGAUGGAGGUGGCGGCCAGGCUAGGGGCAAUGCCCCCAGGCUGCAUUGCAAUGGAGAGGGCAAGUGGAUGGUCGCAGUCGGAGGCUGCCGCUGCCAACCAGGGUACCAACCUGCACGUGGAGACAAGGCCUGCCAAGCCUGCCCAGCGGGGUCCUACAAGGCCUUGGCUGGGAACAGCCCCUGCUCCCCGUGCCCUGCCCGCAGCCAUGCCUCUGAGCCCGCAGCCCCCAUUUGUCCCUGCCUUGAGGGUUUCUUUCGGGCCAGUUCUGACCCCCCACAGGCCCCUUGCACUGGCCCUCCCUCGGCUCCCCGGGAGCUUUGGUUCGAGGUGCAGGGCUCGGCGCUGAUGCUGCACUGGCGCCUGCCCCAGGAGCUCGGGGGGCGCGGGGACCUGCUCUUCAACGUGGUGUGCAAGGAGUGCGGGAGCCCCGGGGAGCCCGGCCGCGGGGGCGCCUGUCACCGCUGCGGGGACGAGGUGCACUUCGACCCCCGCCAGAGGGGCCUGACCGAGAGCCGGGUGUUAGUCGGGGGGCUCCGGGCACACGUGCCCUACAUCCUGGAGGUGCAGGCCGUCAACGGAGUCUCAGAGCUCAGCCCUGACCCGCCCCAGGCCGCAUCCAUUAACAUCAGCACCAGCCACGCAGUGCCCUCCGCAGUCCCGGUGAUGCACCAGGUGAGCCGGGCCUCGGACAGCAUCACCGUUUCCUGGCCGCAGCCGGACCAAACCAACGGGAACAUUCUGGACUAUCAGCUGCGCUACUACGACCAGGCAGAAGAUGAAUCCCACUCCUUCACCCUGACCAGCGAGACCAACACAGCAACCGUGACCCAGCUGAGCCCCGGCCACAUCUAUGGCUUCCAGGUUCGGGCUCGGACAGCUGCGGGCCACGGCCCCUUCGGAGGCAAGGUCUAUUUCCAGACACUGCCCCAAGGUGAGCUGUCUGCCCAGCUUCCGGAAAGACUCUCCUUGGUGAUUGGGUCCAUCCUGGGGGCCUUGGCCUUCCUCCUGCUGGCUGCCAUCACCGUGCUGGCUGUUGUCUUUCAGAGGAAGCGGCAUGCGACAGGCUACACGGAGCAACUGCAGCAGUAUAGCAGCCCAGGGCUGGGGGUGAAGUAUUACAUCGACCCGUCCACAUACGAGGACCCCUGCCAGGCCAUCCGAGAAUUUGCCCGGGAGGUGGACCCUACCUAUAUCAAGAUCGAAGAGGUCAUCGGGGCAGGCUCCUUCGGAGAAGUGCGCCGGGGCCGGCUGCAGCCCAGGGGCAGGCGAGAGCAGGCGGUGGCCAUCCAGGCCCUGUGGACUGGAGGUGCCGAGAGCCUGCAGAUGACUUUCCUCAGCCAGGCUGCGGUGCUAGGCCAGUUCCAACACCCCAACAUCCUCCGGUUGGAGGGCGUGGUCACCAAAAGCCGGCCUCUCAUGGUGCUGACUGAGCUCAUGGAGCUGGGUCCCCUGGACAGCUUCCUCAGGCAGCGGGAAGGCCAGUUUAGCAGCCUGCAGCUGGUGGCCAUGCAGCGGGGAGUGGCCUCCGCCAUGCAGUACCUGUCCAGCUUUGCCUUCGUCCACCGAGCGCUCUCCGCCCACAGCGUGCUGGUGAAUAGCCACCUGGUGUGCAAAGUGGCCAGGCUUGGUCAGAGCCCUCAGGGCCCAAGUUGUAUGCUUCGCUGGGCAGCCCCAGAGGUCAUUGCACAUGGAAAACAUACCACAUCCAGCGAUGUCUGGAGCUUCGGGAUAGUGAUGUGGGAAGUGAUGAGUUAUGGAGAACGGCCCUACUGGGACAUGAGUGACCAGGAGGUGCUAAAUGCAAUACAGCAGGAGUUCCGGCUGCCUCCACCUCCUGGCUGUCCUCCUGGACUACAUCUACUUAUGCUGGACACUUGGCAGAAAGACCGUACCCAGCGUCCCCACUUUGACCAGUUAGUGGCUGCCUUUGACAAGAUGAUUCGCAAGCCAGACACUCUGCAGGCUGGCGGGAGCUCUGGGGACAGACCAUCCCAGGCCCUCCUGAACCCUGUGUCCUUGGACUUUCCUACUCUGGAUUCACCUCAAGCCUGGCUUUCCGCCAUUGGACUGGAGUGUUACCAGGACAACUUCUCCAGGGGUGGCCUCUGCACCUUCAAUGAUGUGGCUCAGCUCAGCCUGGAAGACCUGCCUACCCUGGGCAUCACCCUGGCUGGCCACCAGAAGAAACUGCUACACAACAUCCAGCUCCUGCGGCGGCACCUGAGGCAGCCAGGCUCAGUGGAGGUCUGA